AAUCUUAUCAGAAACAAAAUUAUCGUGUAAACAACGAUUCUAAUCGCCACAGUUUGAUCCAGGCUGUCGUGAUACUGAGCCACACUGCCUGGCAUAGAGUUAAGAUGAGUAUACUGCUAGCACCCUCACACAAUGGAGACAACUCAAAAACCAAUGAUUUGGUGUAUAUAGAACAUCCUGAUCAACUCAUGUCACAUCCAGAACUGAUAGAGAAGCUUCCAAAGGAGUACCUGCUUAAGCUGUCACCAUACCAGUUGGAGCAGUUUUGGGAGUGCCUGUCGAAUAAGCUGAAGGAAGAUAGUGAUUUGCAAGAAAGGCGACCUUGUUACGAGCAUUACAACAGACCAGAGGAUGAAAUUCAUAUAGAUGGUCCUGCCCCUCCGAAAUAUAGGUGUUACGUAUGCCAAGCAAACAAAAAAGUGUAUGAUACAUAG